AUGGGAUAUAAGAUAUAUUCUAACUCUGACUUAGUUCAAACAGUAACAUGGGCAAACUAUGAAUGGUUCGCUUUAAGAAACUCAGUACAACCACAAGCUAGAGAACAAACAGACCAGUAUGCAACUAUUGAGAAAAUAAGAAGACUUGACCCUAACGUUCCAGGAGUUUAUGUUAACCUUUCUGGUUCAGAUGGAACUGCUGCCACUAAAGUAAAACUGAAACUUAGAGUUCCUUUGUCAUCUUUCCUCAUCUUCAGGUUUUUAAGAUACUUGCCAAACUGGGCAGGAAAAAUUUCUAUCGAACUUACUCCAAGCAAAAAUAACUUAGUCAUUGCACCAACACAAGACCCAUUCACUCUUACAGACGUAAAGGGAACAAAUAAAACGUCAUUCGCCGAAUUUUGCAAAGACAAAGUUGACUUAGACUUUGGUUUCUCAAACCUCAACACUGAAGUAAACUAUUAUUUCAAUGCUGCUGGAGAUGCUUGGGACCCAGUUAAGUUCACAUGCGAAAAAUUUGAAUGCAAGAGAAUAGAAAGCAGACUUGCAGUCUAUAUGUUGGACCCAGAUAUUUCAAAUGCUUUAGCUGCCAAAUAUAUUGCAGUUCCACUUAUGUUCCCUAUACACCAAAUAUCUGUCAAAGACUUUGCAGGUGAAGUUGGAAACCAAAGUGCUGACCCAGGUGCAAGAACAGAUAUUGCCUUAACAACUGCAAUGAAACAUGCAGAUACUAUGUUUGUUCUUUUCAGACGAACUAUAAAUGACUAUUCUUGUUUCUACAACCCUGGUAUUAAAUAUCAUAUAAACAUAGAUGGCAAAUAUUAUCCAAGAGAAGAAUAUUCUACA